AUCGGGUGGGUUCAGAAAACGAAAGCAUGACAAUUUUCCACAUGGUCAAAGAAGAGAGGAGAAAGAGAAUGUUAAUCCAUCUUCAGCUUUGAUGACAUCUUUUAAAUCCUUUCAGCUGGAGCUCGACACCAGGCACGAUAAGUACGAACGGCUUGUGAAGCUCAGUCGUGACAUAACUAUCGAAAGCAAAAGAACAAUAUUUCUGCUCCACAGGUUUACCAGUGCUCCCAAUGGGGAAGAAAUACUGAAUGAAUCUGAAGUCAAGCUAGAUGCUGUCCGACGGAAGAUUAAGCAGGUUGCACAAGAACUGAUUGGAGAAGACAUGUAUCAGUUCCACAGAGCUAUAUCUCCAGGACUUCAAGAAUAUAUUGAGGCAGUCUCAUUCCAGUACUUUAUCAAAACACGAUCUUUGAUUAGUGUUGAAGAGAUCAACAAACAACUAAUAUUUUCAGCGGAAGACAGAGAAGAAACAACAAACAUGACGUCCAGUUCCCGUGACAACCAACCCCUCACCUGGAGCCUGAAGGUGACGCCGGUGGAUUACCUGCUGGGCGUGGCUGACCUGACCGGAGAGCUGAUGCGGCUGUGCAUCGGCAGCGUGGGGAACGGGGACAUAGACACCCCUUUCGAGCUCAGCCACUUCUUGCGCCAGAUUUACGACGGCUUCACCUUCAUCGGCAACACGGGACCUUACGAAGUGUCUAAGAAGCUGUACACCUUGAAACAGAGUCUGGCAAAAGUGGAGAACGCCUGCUACACGUUAAAAGUACGGGGAUCUGAAAUCCCAAAGCACAUGCUAGCUGAUGUGUUCUCCACCAAAGCGGAAUUGAUUGACCAAGAGGAGGGCCUGCCUUAAAAUAAGGAGACUAUUGCGACUCAGAAGGGAAGAGGACUUAGAGAAAGCUUUUUAGUUAUGGUUUGUGGGAGUUUGACCCUCCUCAAAGUUUCUUAGGUAGAGACACUUUUAGUUUUAUCUAUGAGAAGAUGGUUUGCCGUGGUAAUUUGUAACCAAAAAUACUUUUUAUGAUGUGCAAGAGAACAAAUGUUUUGACUCGGUCCUCUCGAUGUGGAAUUCUCUGUAUUGCUCUGCUGUGUCUUCUUCCAGAAUGACCAAAAUUUCCACUGUGCUCUACACCAGUGACGGUCAAUUGUGUGGGUCAUCUCAAACUAUUGUGGUUGCUGUUACCAGUUUCCAGCAAGCACAACAGUGGAAAAAAGUAUGGUUAGAUACUGUUAUUUAGCAUUAUCCAUAGGUUUCUGCUGACCCAUUUUCUGAGGUUUUGGGUUCU